AAUAUGAUUAUUUGUGGGAAUAUUUAUAUGCUCCUUCUGGGGUACAGCAAAAGCGUGCACAUAGCAUCGCCAAUGGAACCCACUGGUCGUAGGGCAUUAUGCCAUAGCGGAGCCAAAUGCUGACUCCUAGCUCCGCGACUAGUUUUCGCCAAGACCUCGACACGACACUAUCAUGGACACCUUGUUUGCUGGCUGGACUCGAUCUGGAGAUUAUCUGCAGCACCUGUGGCUGAGACUUCUCGAUGUUGUUGGCGAGGAUCCCUGGCGCCUUUGGGUGCUCGGCAGCACGGUAGUCAUAUUCUCAGUCUACUGGCUCUACGCGGCCAUAUUUACGCUGAUGGACAUUACCAAUCGGCCGAGAUUCCUGCGGAAGUACAAGAUUCAGCCGGGUCAAAACGAGCCAGUGGAUCUAGGGCGCCUCUGGAGCGCCGUAAAAGUGGUACUCUUCAACUUGACGGUGGUGAAUCUGCUCACCUCCUGGGUGUUCUUCGAGCUAGUCUUUAAGUCGGAGAACAGCAGCGACAUCCGGGUGCUGCCUACGUUCCGUCGUGCCAUGCGAGAUGUCGCCACUUUCGUGGUGUUGGAGGAAGUCAUGUUCUACUAUGCCCAUCGCCUUUUGCACCACCGAUCGGUCUACAAGUAUGUCCACAAGAAGCAUCACGAGUGGACUGCUCCCAUAGCGGCCAUCACUCUGUACGCCCAUCCCGUUGAGCACAUUGUGGCCAACCUGCUCCCGGUGGCUACCUCUCUUGCCAUCCUGGGCACCCAUGUGGCCCUCGCCUAUGUCAUCUUUGCCCUGGCCAUCGUCAACUCCAUGAGCGACCACACCGGAUACAGCUUUCCCUGGUCGGCGGGCUCGGUGCGCUUCCACGACUACCACCAUGCUAAGUUUACCUACAACUACGGUGUGCUGGGUCUGCUGGAUAAGUUGCACGGCACAUACCGCGCCACUCCCGAGCUCAAGGUUCCUGCUCCAAGGAUUAAAGGCAAGCCUGGCAAAAGGAAAGCUAAAUAGUAGCCUCUGCAAGGGUUUAAAUGGAUUUGUAUAUAUAUAUAUAUAUGUAUACAUAUAUCUAU